AAAGAGAAAAAUGUUUAUAUAUAUUCCAUCCUUUUAAACCGGGUCGGAAAUUGUUCCUCCUCCUCCUUUCUCUUUCUCUUUCUCUCUCUUGUUUUCCUUUCUCUAGUCGGCGAUGAAUUCCCGCCGGCUACUCAACUCCUCGCCGGUUUAAUAACCAAUGCCACUUCACUUACUUACGCCUUAAACGCUGUCGUUUUACAUUUCUCGGUCGAUCCAUCGCCGAUUUUUUUGUUUUUUGUUUUAAUCUCUCCCUCGGUUUUUGGUGAACGGAGAGAUAUUAUCACAGUUACUGUAACUAAUUCUUCUUCUUCUUCAUCUUCUUCAGUGAUAGUUAUUGAUCGAACUUUCGGAAGCUGUAAAGAGCGAGCGAAGUUGAUAUAAUAGAUAGUGUUGGGUUGGGAGCUGAGAAUUGGAGGAUUCUUUGUGUUGGAGCUGAAUUUUGAAGAAAAUAAUAAUAGCUAUGUUGGAUCUUAAUCUGAAUGUGCACUCGGCCGAUUCGGCUCGUAACGAUGACUCGUCGAUGGUUCUCGAUAAGGUUCCGCAAGGUUCGGGGACUCCAAUGGACGAGUCUGGGACCUCUAAUUCUUCAAUCGUCAAUGCAGACGCGUCUAGCAACGUAGGUGAUGACGAGUCGUGCUCCGCACGCGCCGGUGGUUCCGAGGUGUACACGUUCAGCUUCGAUAUCCUGAAAGUUGGGGCUGAAAACGACGUCGUGGUAACGAAAGAGCUUUUCCCGAUGGGUGGUGGAGGAAAUGGAGAUUUUAAGGAUUGGCAGGGGCAGCUUUCGUCGGCUUCUUCUUCUUCUUCUUCGAGGAGGAACUGGAUCGAGCUGGGGUUUGAUCAGAGUGGGUCUGGUGAGGUGAGAGUGCUUGAAGCGGCGCCGCCUCUAAACCCACAGCCACAGCCGGUAAAGAAGAGCAGGAGGGGGCCCAGGUCUCGGAGCUCACAGUAUAGAGGGGUGACCUUCUAUAGGAGGACUGGAAGAUGGGAAUCGCAUAUCUGGGAUUGUGGAAAACAAGUGUAUCUGGGUGGAUUUGACACUGCCCAUGCUGCGGCUAGAGCUUAUGAUCGAGCUGCUAUCAAGUUCAGGGGAGUAGAUGCUGAUAUUAAUUUCAAUCUCAGCGAUUAUGACGAGGAUUUAAAGCAGAUGAAGAACUUGACCAAGGAAGAGUUUGUACACAUUCUACGCAGACAGAGCACUGGGUUCUCUAGGGGAAGCUCAAAAUAUAGAGGAGUGACUCUGCACAAAUGUGGCCGAUGGGAAGCGCGAAUGGGACAAUUCCUAGGCAAAAAGUAUAUAUAUCUUGGGCUAUUCGACAGCGAAGUAGAAGCUGCAAGGGCAUAUGAUAAAGCAGCUAUCAAAUGUAAUGGAAGGGAAGCAGUCACCAACUUUGAGCCAAGUACCUACGAAGGGGAAAUGAUUCCUAAUGCCAAUCAUGAAGGUGAUAAUCACAAUCUUGAUCUCAAUCUGGGGAUGUCCACCUCUUCAUUUGGCACUUGUCAGAAGGAAAGUGAGGGGCGUAUCCAGUUCCACCCUGGGCAUUAUGAUGUACACAACAGAAAGCCUCUCGGGAUGGAGAACCAUAGCAAUGCAACACUAGGCGAUCCACCUUUCAAAGGGCUCGUAAUGACAUCAGAACAACAACCGCUAAUGUUAAGCGGUGUAUACCCUAGUUUCUUUCCUAAUGAGGAAAGGGCUACAGACAAGAGAAUUGCACUAGGUUCUUCCCAAGGACGUCCCGCGUGGCAAAUGCAUGGCCAGGUUACUGCAAACCCAGUGCCACUGUUCUCUACUGCAGCAUCAUCAGGAUUCUCAUUUUCGGCCGCCCCUCCCUCCGCUGCCAUUCUUUCAUCAAAACCACUAAACCCGGGAGCCCAUAAUCUCUGUUUUACUUCUCCUAACACAGGCGCCACCAAUUCCCCACAAUACUAUUACCAGGUAAAGCCUCCCCAGGCACCGCCAUAGGAGGAAAACUAGAUCUAUCCCCUUCUCUCGAAGAUUAAGGCAAACUCUUAUAACUAUACUACUAGCCCUUGGUCUUCCUAUUCUUUGUAAUAUUCAAAUAGUGAUUGCUCUUAAACUAUCGCCCAUUGGAUCUGACUUUUCUGUUAAGCCAAAUAUCAUACUCUACUACUAUAAUACCUAUACCAUGUUGGAUAUAUCUUGGUGCUUAAAACUUUAAGCAUUGCUAACUUGGGUUUUCUCCCCCUAUAUAUAUAUUUGUUAUGUGUUUUUGGACAUAACUUGUGAAAAUUGUUCCUGAAUUUGCUAUAUUGAUCCUUUUGGAUAUAAUGUUUGAAGAUUUAUUGCAA